AUGCAUUCACAAAAGGAAUUUAAACCGAUAUACGGGUCCUUCUCAGGAAGGGAAGCUAUUGAAGCAAUCACAAAAAAUACACAAAAAAACAUGGCAUCAAAGGCAUAUACUUUUUCUGAUUGCGUGCCAUUUAAUAUAGGGUAUCCACCUCUAAGGAGAGGCGGUGUAAAAAUAAAAGCUAUUUCAAAGCCACAAGAAUGUAGUAAUAAACAUAAUAUAUCAUUUUCACAAGCGGCCAUGAAGGCAAUGCAAAUAACGUCACCGAAUACUGCUUUUCAUUUUACUUCCACAGUCAAUCAGCAAACGAUCAAGGCCGUAAAGCAUUCCACAUCAAAUGUUCAUAUUAAUGAAAAAUCUCCGACUACAGUUCCCGAAAACAAUAAAAAUAAUGAUCUGAAUAAUGGAUUAACACAAGUUGCACAGACAAAUAAUUCAGUAAUUUUAUCUUCAAAUAAUCAAUCAUCAAGCGAACGAUCGAUAAAUGAAAAUGCACCCGAAAUCCAGCAUAAUUCAAAUGAUGUGAUUUCACCUAAAAAAUCGUCAACAAUGCGUUGGGCCGACCUUUUCCCGAAAGGCGAAAAUUCAAAGCUUGCUACCGUUGUAGCCGAUAAUUCUAAAUCAAACACAAAGCCUCCUGAUUCUCCUAUCAAAUCACGAAAGCCACAAAAACUAGCUGUUCCAUUAACGAAUGGAAGGCCCAAAGUAGGAGGAUUAGCAGACUUGCUGAAGGAUUUUGAUCCAUCUUUCGAGAAUGUAACGAUGGGUCCGCGAGGACUCAUAAAUAAUGGUAAUAUGUGUUUUAUGAACGCGAUAUUACAAACACUCUCACAUUGUCCACCGUUCUGUAACCUACUCGCACUCAUUAAUAAAGAAGUCGCUCAUAACUUCAAUAGUAAGACGCCUCUUGUCGAUUCUUUGGUGAGGUUUAUUAAUGAAUACAAGCAACCUAAACGUCCCGAAGGUGUCGAAGAAUUCGGAGAAGCGUUCUCCCCUGAAUAUGUAUAUAAUGCAUUAAGAGGACUCAAACGUUUCGAUUCCAUGAAAGGGCGCCAGGAAGAUGCCGAAGAAUUUCUUGGGUUCCUCCUUGAUGGACUACAUGAAGAGUUUUUAGCAGCUCUCAAAAAAGAUGAUAAUCUCCAUAUUCAACAAUUCGAUAAAACUGUUAAAGAUGAUGGUUGGAUGGAAGUUGGUCCUAAGAAUCGAACAAGUUUUACCAGGACGACCGAUGUUGAAGAAACGCCAAUUAGUCACAUAUUCGGUGGUAAAUUCAGAUCGGAAUUAACUUGUCCUGGAAGCGCUGAUUCCAUCACAUUGCAACCAUAUCAGUCACUGCAGCUUGAUAUACAGCCGAAUGACGUAAAAACAAUUGGGGAUGCUCUAAAAAACUUAACUGUCCCAGAAUACGUGGAUGACUUCUACUCGCCCAAAAAUGGAUUAAUACGAGCUACAAAGCGUCUCUAUAUUGAGGAGCUUCCACCGAUAUUAACUCUCCAUUUGAAAAGGUUCGUUUAUGAUAACGUUGGUGGGACGCAAAAACUCAGUAAACAUAUUGGGUACUCGACAACAUUGUCGAUUCAGCCCGAAAUCUUUUCCCCUACACGUCGCCCUAGAAAAGCAGUAGAUUACAGACUCUUCGGAGUCGUAUACCAUCACGGGAAGUCGGCCACUGGUGGGCAUUACACAGCUGACAUACUUCGUAAGAAUAACGAAUGGCAUCACGUAGACGAUACGGCGAUUUCGACGAUAUCGUCAGAAGAG